GCCGAGCCGUCGGGGCCCUUGUCCUCCUACCACAUUGCAGUCUACGUGAUCAUCCCCGGUUCCAGUGCAGAGGGACUUGACCAAUUCCAGUCAUCGUAUGGGAUUCCGGGACUCGCAUUCCCGGGGUCUUGCAGAAUGUGCGCUUACCAUAUCCCUCUGGUCAAUCAUCCCCAGUCGUUCCGUUGGCUUUCCUACUGUACCUAGUCUUGGCCUUAUCUUUCACGCAUCCCUAGACCAGAGAUAGAGAGAAAGAAAGAGAGAAAAGGGUGUUAGCAAGGCCUAGUAUAUUCGUCAUUGCCUGUCACUUCCUGCAAGGAAGAGUGUUUUAAGGCAAAGAGCUAUAUAAUAUCAAUCCCCAUUCCCCAUUCCCAAUCCCAACCCCGGAUCGAUCAUAAAGUCGCCCUCCCACCACCAUCACGAAAGGUAUUUGGUAUUCUCCUCGCAACCGACUUCUCGGGAUUAUAACUGGACUGCAACUGUGCCAUCUCAUCCUUCCUAUUGUCCUGCAUUGGUCAGCGAGCCGUGUAACAAUCCUUCCCAGUUAAUAGCUGCCUCUCAAACCGAGAGUCCUGCAUGUCGAAUAUGCGCCGCGGUCGCUGUCGGAACGAGGGAUAUUGUGCUCGUACAAUUUCCCAUACUUAGGCCACUCACCGUAAGUAAGAGUCGCCGGCGUAUAAUGCCACGUCCGAAAAGACCCGGCGCACCAGAACCGAAAAGGCGAAGUCGAAAUGGAUGUUGGCCGUGUAAAAACCGUAAGAUCAAAUGCGGCGAGGAGCGGCCCCAUUGUUUAAACUGUCAAAGAACAGGUGAAAAAUGUGACUAUAGCAUCCGUUUGAACUGGGAAGGCCGAAGGGGAAAGCGGCCGGAGCCCGGUGUGCUAGAUUUCAGCCAGGAAGUCUUAUCGCCGCCUUUGCCUGCCAGAGGAUUCAAGCUGGUGCACCAAUAUCCUUCAUCUGACAACCCAGGAACGAGAAGGCUUGAGCCCCUAACCGGUCCACAAAGUCAGCCGAAGCUCGACCGUAAUAGAUCACUUUCCCAGAUAGCAGUUCCUUUAGACAAUCCAUCAUCCAGGACUAUCGGCGAUACGGAAUCAUUGCCUGCCAGCAAGCGCGCAAAGCUGGCGUCGGAUCUUCAUCUUCAUACUCCUGAUCCCCAAUCAGCGCACCCGAUUGAACAGAGGCACAACUCAGCGGCCAGCUCGACCUUAGACUCGAGUGUGGCAUCCUUCAGGUUUACAGUUGGCUCUGGCCUAACGUCUGCUUCUCCUCUAACCCCUACAACAUCGUCUACAUACAGCGAUGAUGAUCAACGUCACGCUAGCCGGAGACUUUCCGUAAAUUCACUUUUGUCGAUACCUCCGGGUCCUCAAGCUUUACAAGACGAGAGUGCCAGUCGAGUAAGGGCCAGCCUACCACCAAUAGAUACUCGAACGCGUGUGUCAACAGAAGCAACCUAUUACGGCAUUGACCGUGGGUUUCCGGAUCGUGACCUGGGCAAGAAUGAAGACAUGAUCGCCAUCAGUGGUUCAUCGCCGUUACUACAGCGCGAAUUUUUGGAUACCCCUCUUGAACCGAUCGAUGAUCUGGUCUGGACCGAAUUUGGGUUCGGGGUCGAGACUAAUGAGUUUAUUGAAGAAGAGGGUGGAUAUUAUUCAAGGCCUGUUUCGAUAUAUAUUCCUCGCAGCCUUGAGCCGCUUCCCACACAGUUAAUUGAUAACCCUAUGAAUCUUCUUUACUUCCAUCAUUUCUUGAACCAUACCGCUCGAGUUCUUGUUCCUUAUGAUGAUCCACAUGCCAAUCCCUUUCGGACAAUACUCCCGCAGAUGGCCGUCAAGAAUGAUAACCUCUUGGCACUUCUACUAGCAUAUUCUGCUUCGCAUAGAGCACGCGUUUUGAAUCACCCGGAGCCUACGAUUCGGAUUGCCACCUGGGUUGACAACGUAUUUCCAGCCUUAAGGCAGGAUCUGAACGACCCAGACAAGAAUUUCUCAGAUGCGAACCUCGCAACGGCUAUUAUGUUAGCUUCGCUCGAGAUAAUCUCACCAAGGGUAUUCGGAUAUGAUAUGCCGUGGCAACGGCAUCUAGGCCUUGCGAGAGAACUCAUAACUGCACGCCCAGGUGGCCUUCGCGGAUUCCAGUCGAACUUUCGCCACGAUCCGGUCUGCUCUUUCUUAUGGAGCUGGGCUGCAUAUCUUGACGUUAUAGGAAGCCUUAGCGGGGGACCGAAAGACUCAUCAUCGACCUGGAUAUUCGAUUACGAAGUAGAUGACAUUAUAGAUGGCUAUGAUGAGAUAGACUGCAUCAUGGGCUUCACUACACGAUGCAUCUACCUUCUUGCCAAGAUUGCUGACCUGGCUAGGAAGUGUGAUACCGAGCGCAUCGGUGACGACCUUGAUGUGAGACAAGAGUGGGAACCAAGCGACGAAGUAUUGGAGCAGGCCUCGAGGAUUGAAGAAGCUAUUAAGGACAGCAUGGUCCAGUUGCCGGUGCCUUGCAAGCACAUACACAAGAAAGGGGAUGUAGAGAAGUGGGAUAGGCGGGAGAUGGAGGCAACGAACGAAGCUUUUCACUGGGCCGGGCUCGUCCAUCUCUACCGCAGGAUCAUGGGGAAGCCAACCGAAGACAAGUCCGUCCAGGUUGCAGUACAGAAGAUCAUCGACUGCUUCGACCGUAUUCGACCGGGCGGGACAGCAGAAUCUUGCCUCCUGUUUCCAAUGUUUACCGCGGGAUGUGAUGCUAUUGAUGAAGGACAGAGGACUCUAGUACUCAAGCGAUUCAUGACAGCCGAGAAUCACGGGAUGACGCAGAUUCAUAAUGCACGCCGGCUCAUGCAAAAAGUAUGGGAAACGCAGAGGCCAUGGGAGACGUUGGUAAGCACGGAAUUUAUUGGAUAAUGUUUUCGACUACCGAGAAAGGAGUAUAAUGCCUAUUAUUAUACUUGCAGAAUAACACUUUUGUAGGUUUGAAUCUAUCAGACAGGAAUGGUUGUAUAUGAAGCCAACCGUAGUCUUGAUUAUACGUUAUAAAGGAGGAGGUUCACCGCGGUGGAACGGUUUCAAAUCAUUAACGAGUAGCUUAGCAAUAUAAAACCAUUUGAAAUGCCA